AUGGCCUUAGCAGAACUCAAGAAGUACUUAUCAAGCCCGCCUUUGCUCCACACGCCAAAAGCGAAUGAGCAGUUGUAUUUGUACUUGGCGGUGUCUGAGAUAGCGGUAAGUGGUGUCUUGGUUCGAGAGGAGGAAGGGACUAGUUCGAAAAUCUGGACCCUUUACACAGACGGUGCUUCUAAUAUAAAAGGGUCCGGGUUAGGGAUCGUUCUCAAACCUCCCUCGAGUGACAUAAUAAAACAAUCUAUUAGAUUUACUAUUUUGACUAACAACGAAGCCGAGUAUGAGGCUAUGGUUGCAGGCUUAGAACUGGCUAAAGGCUUGGGAGCCGAAAUCAUAGAGGCCAAAUGUGAUUCUCUCUUGGUGGUCAACCAAGUGACUGGAACAUUUGAAGUCAAAGAUGACCGAAUGCGGAGAUACCGAGAAAAACUGCAAGUUGUCCUUCGCCGGUUCAAGGAAUGGACAUUGGAACACGUGCCUCAGGAUCAAAAUAAUAAAGUAGAUGCCCUUGCAAAUUUGGGAUCAUCGGGCGAAUCGGAUAGGUUUAAUUCUGGAGAUGUGGUGCAGUUGAUGAGAUCGGUCAUAGAGACCGGUCACGCCUAG